GUAGAAUUUCAAUAACCAAUUUAAAAAUGAAUGAGCAAAGUCAAAACAAAUGUGGAAAAAAAGGCAAGAGGAAGGUAGAACACUGUGAUUUGGAAGGUUAUGAUGAAGUUAUAUGUGAUUAUGAAAGAAUGGUUCUUCUAUUAUAUCUGAGAGUAACAGUACCAGAAAUUAAUUGUCAUUUAAAUUUAGCAGGAAAAGCUCUAUCACAAAAAGAAACAACAUCAUUUAAAAAGGCACCUGGAAGACUAAUUGAAUAUUUUAAAUUAUCUGAGACAGCUGUAAUGUGUUAUCAUUGUUUAUUGGAGACUGAUCGUGAUUCAGAAUAUUUAGGUUCUUCAAAUUAUUUAUUACCAAUUAAAGGAACUUUGAAAGAAAAUAUACGAAAAUUUCAAGAUAGAGUUUAUGUAUUACACAAUGAUGUUAUUUACUCAGAAAAAGAAUUUCAAGAACUGGAGACUGCAUAUCAUGAGGUGUGUGCAGAACUUGACAAAGUAAAAUUAGAAAUGACUCCUCUUA